GAAACGGCAUUUCGGUUAAGAUGAUCCUCGCGCGCGUAAAAGGGCAAUGGUUUUUGGUUCAGUAAACAGUCCGGUGGGCAAUCCUCUCCGCCUCUCUGUCAUAACCAUGACAACAACUACUAAAGCUGAAAUUUUAGAACUGAUGAUGAUGAUGCAGCAGAAGCCAAAAAGUUCGAUGAAAAACCAAACCCCCUUGUUCUCUCAUUUGCCUCGGAAAUUCUUGGAAUUCCAAAAAGGGAUUUCUUCUGACAAAGGAAAACACAUGGAGCUUUUGAAAGAGGAGUUUUCACCAGCUGACUUCAAAGCUACUAAAACUAACAGCAUAAAAUAUUCUAGACAGGACUUUCUACAACUUCCUUAUAUCACAACUGACUUUGAAUGGAAAGAUUACAGUCCUGCAGUUUUCAGACGUAUGCUGGAGCUUGAUAGUAUUGAUUAUGACCAGUAUCAGCUGUCAAUAUGUGGACAUCGGACUCUAAAGGAGGUUUGUUUACCGGGAAGAUAUGGCAGGGUAAUUGUAUCAUCCAAUGACAAUCGAUUUGUGAUUAAAACCCUUCGGAAGUCUGAACUGAAGGUAUACUUAGAGAUGCUUCCAAACUACUACUGCCAUGUUAAGAAGUAUCGGGCCUCACUAUUAAUAAAACUGUAUGGACUUCAUGUUGUCAGGCCAGCGGGAGGGAUUAAGGUUUACUGUGCUGUUUGGGGAAACAUGAUGCCAUCAGAAAUUUGCAUAGAUAAGUGUUAUGAUCUCAAAGGCUCUUCAAUAGGCCGAGCCUGCAGUAAAACAAUCGUUGAGGAUAGAGCCAUACUUAAGGAUCUGGAUUUUGAUUUUUGCUUUUACCUGGAUCCAUUAGUCCGAGCUCGGCUCUUAGCACAAGUCAAGUAUGACUGCGAGUUUUUGGAAGCUGAGGGCAUCAUGGAUUAUAGUUUUUUGCUUGGUAUACACAUAGAAGCUUCACAUGAAGGUUCAAUUGAUGAAAACGCUUCCAGAAGUUCUAGUGCCAAAAAGAAAACAGAUGAUACUUCAGAACAAAAUGAAAGCUCAGAGUUAACUCUUGCCGAUAUCUGCGAUCUACUUGACAGCUCAUUAUUCUUCCGCUGCAGGCCUGGGUUUAAAUUUGGGGAUAGACUGCCAGCACGUGCUGUCCGGGCAUUCAGGAAUGCAAUGGAAAGUAAAUCAUAUAGGUCGUGCACCAGUGCACAGGAAUGCUUCAAGGUUCUUUUAAUCUUUGGAAUAGUAGAUUUUUGUCAGAAUUACAAUAUGAAAAAGCGCAUUGAGCAUGCUUGCAAGGCAAUAAAAUAUGACUCAAAAUCCAUCAAGACUGUGAAUCCCAAAGCCUAUUCUUCUCGCUUUCAAGAGUUUCUGAGCGCAAUAUUUCUGCCUGAAGAGUCAGAUUAGUUUGAUCACAACAGGGACUCAGCCACAGGAUAGUCGAAGAUUGCGCUAGUCGAUUAUUUUAGAAAACUUAGUGAAGAGGAGAUGCUUCAGAUCAACACCAAGAACUCUACUACUCGUGUCGGCAAUCUCAGGAUCGGAAUGUCACAUUUUGUGCAUGAGGUAGAAAAUAUAGCUUGAUGCAUUAGUAGGAGUGAGAAGUAAUGAUAGUUCUAAAGAUAAAGAAAAAAUGAAGAUCGAUGAAGGGGCACGCCGCACGGCAUUAUGCACAAGUUGUUCAUAUAGACAAUUCUUGCUUUAAAUUUCAAUGUGAUCAUAAACUUUCACUGAAACCUUCAAGUAAUAUUGUUCAUAAGUGGACUACUGCAUGCCAUUGUUCAUACGAGACGAUCCUUCCCUGUAAAUCUCUUUCUGUAAAUUUCAUAUGAUCAUAAACUCUCAUGUAAUAUUGUUCAUCGUA